UCUCUUGCUUCCCUCAUUCCAUCCUUACCAAAGCGUAACAACCGCGGUGCAGAAGACUCCAGCUCCAUGGCUCUGCGACGCUGCCACACAUUCCAAAGCCAUGGUCAAGGAAGCGAAACGGGCACCGCAGCUGCCCAAGCAGCAACUGCUGAUUCUUGCCGUAUGCCGCUUCGCCGAACCCGUCGCAAUGACCUCGGUCUAUCCUUACAUUCCUGAAAUGAUUCAGUCGUUCAACGUACGGGAUGACAAGGUCGCCAAAUGGGCCGGCCUCAUGUCUGGCGUCUUCUCGCUGUCCCAAUGUCUGACAGGCAUCGCCUGGGGCAGAGCAUCCGAUCGAUUCGGCCGCAAACCCAUCAUCCUUCUCGCAUUGACCUGCACCAUGAUAUCCAGUGUACUAUUCGGCUUCUCCAAGAGUUUGGUGUGGGCAUUUAUUGCAAGAUCGAUGCAAGGACUGUCAAAUGGCAAUGUUGGGAUUAUUCGGACUGCUGUCGCAGAGUUGGUUCCACAGAAAGAGCUACAGCCUCGCGCAUUCAGUGUGAUGCCGUUGGUAUGGAACAUUGGCAGUAUCUUCGGACCUUCAUUCGGCGGUUCUCUCGUACAUCCUGUCGAACGAUAUCCGCACUUGUUCGGGAGACUGAAAUUGCUCGAAAAAUUCCCGUUCGCGCUGCCGAACAUGCUGAUCAGCGUCUUGUUCUUGCUCGGCAUCACUUCCGGCUUCCUGUUCUUGCACGAAACACUCGAGGAGAAGAAGUCUAGUCCUGAUUAUGGCCUCAUGUUGGGAAAGCUUCUUGCAGCACCAUGCACCCGACAGCGACGACGAAGAAGGACAUGGUCCACCAACGAAGAGGAAGACCCGUUUCUUUCUGGUACAUCGAGUGAGAUGUCAUCUCCGGUAUCGAAACCAGGAACCAAUGUGCCUCCGAAACAACCGCGCUGGGCCGACGUUUUCUCCAGACAAUCCAACAUCAAUUUGCUUGUGUACACGUUUUUGGCCAUGCAUUCGGUAGCCUACGAUCAGCUGCUGCCCAUUUUUAUGCAUUACCCAGUGCAAUCUUCAAAGGAUCCACAGGUGCAUCUGCCAUGGAAAUUUGCUGGCGGGUUUGGAAUCGACUCGAAUAGGAUUGGGCUCCUGUUCACCAUCUACGGGGUCUUCGGCAUGCUCAUCCAAUUCUUCGUUUUCCCUACAUUUGCAAGAAGAUAUGGAGUUUUGAAUUGUCUCAAAGCGUGUGUUUUGACAUUUCCUUUCGUUUACUUAGCGACGCCAUUUACGGCGCUAUUGCCGACUGACGGCUCAAGGCAGGGCGUCAUGAUAGGCUUGAUGUUAGUCAAAGGCUUUUGUGGCAUAUUUGCAUUCCCCUGCUCGACCAUCCUCCUCACAAACAGUGCAGCUAGCCUCAAAGUGCUGGGCACACUCAACGGUGUCGCUACCAGCAUCUCUGCAAUUGGUCGUGCGGCUGGGCCUGCAUUGGCCGGUGCCACCUUUACAGCGGGGGUUGACAUUGGGUACGUGGUCAUCUCUUGGUGGACACUGGCUGUGGUGGGCAUUGUUGGCGCUGUGCCAGUGUGGUCUCUAGUGGAAAUGGAAGGGUUUGGUGGCGGCGAGGAUGAAGAUGACGACGAUGAGGACGACGAGAUUGACGACGUCGUGUUCGGGGAUCCGGCGGACCCAAAUUCGAAAAGUUCAGCGCUGCAGACUGGUGGCACUCACGCUAGGAAGGCUUCAGCUGCAACGGCAUCCUUCGAGGACGUCUUUGACGACGAGUCUCCAUCGGAAAGCAGACAACUAACGCCUGCGACGUCGAGAGGAUCACGCGAUCCAUCACGUCGUGCCAGUCUCCAGCUGUCACGGGUUGCAAGUCCCAUAGGUUUGGGACCAGGCGUCGUUCCUCCUGGCGCUCGGAGAUAUAGCAGUGAUUUGGGUGCAACAAGGAGCGGCUUGGGACCGGGUGGUACAAGCUAUUACUGAACCAGGCAGAUUGCAUUCCGCAAGCAUGCACGUGGAAGAGAAGCUCUAUGCAUUCGUCUCGGCUCUGGACAUAAGCCACAGCGGUGCUAAAUCCAGUGUCCUUCAUAGAAUCUGUGGGUUUUACCAGGAUUA